UAUUCCUCAUUUUGAUCAUAGUGUGCCUCCUACCACACCUACUACUUUAGAGGCAUCAGAUCCUCCCGCACUACCAGGGUCUGACCAUCCUCUACACCGAUUUAGGAUAACCUAUGCACGUCGAUCACAUACUGUUGUUCCUCCCAAUGAUUCUUCAAUUGAGCCAUGUGAUUCUACUCCUGCUUCAGUCUCCUCACCUACUCCGGCCCCACCUACCUCAGUUGACUUGCCCAUUGCUCUUCGUAAAGACAGUACAGGAGGCCUUAACCCAUCCAGGAUGGCGACAAGCAAUGAUUGAUGAGAUGACAACUUUAGACUCCAACAACACUUGGGUACUUGUCCCACCUCUGCCUGAAAAAUCUGUUGUUGGUUGUCGGUGGGUAUUUAAUGUUAAAAUGGGCCCUGAUGGACAGGUGGAUAGAUUGAAAGCUCAUCUUGUGGCUAAGGGAUACACGCAAGUAUAUGGUUCGGAUUACAGCGACACCUUCUCUCCAGUUGCGAAGAUGGCCUCAGUUCGUCUCUUUUUAGCUAUGGCUGCUAUGAGGCAUUGGCCUUUGUUUCAAUUAGAUAUCAAAAAUGCCUUCUUACAUGGUGAUUUGGAGGAAGAGAUUUAUAUGGAUCAACCUCCUGAGAUUUAUAUGGUGCUGAUCCUGAGAACAUUGCACCAGACUUCAAUCAUGUUUGUGACCAGAUUCUGACCGGCCACGAGAUUCCUUCAAUGGACAGCCUAGUAACUAGACUUCUUCGUGUCCCUACAGAAGUGAAGAAUGAAAACUCUGGUGGAAUUGUUGAAGCUUCUGCAAUGGUUUCAAGUCAGGGUAGAGGUGGUCGUGAAAAUCGAGGAGGAAGAGGAGGUAGAAGUGGUCGUCCUCAAUGCUCAUACUGCAAGAGGAUGGGUCAUACCCAAGAGAAUUGUUAUUCUCUUCAUGGUUUUCCAGAGAAGAUAGCAAAUCUAUCCAAGUUUGAGAAAUUAGGAAAAUCUGAGAUGAAGGUUCUUGAAGAUGACUAUCAGGAAUAUCUUCAAUGGAAAUCUAUGAAUCAAGCUCAAUCUUCCUCUAUCACUACUGUUUCUACAGCUUGUAUUUCUCAUUCAACUGCAAAUCAAAGUCCAUGGAUC